AUGAAAUCUGCUAUUCUUCUCUCCGCGGUCAUCCCCAGUGCGCUAGGUGCGACCAUCUACCUCGCUGGUGACUCAACUAUGGCAAAGGGUGGGACUGGAUCUGGCACAGCGGGUUGGGGUGAAUAUGUUACGCCCUAUACCUCACUCACCGUGUCCAAUCAAGCUGUCGCCGGCCGCAGCGCACGGUCAUACACGCGUGAAGGUCGGUUCGAUGCAAUUGCAGCAGUGGUUCAAUCAGGAGAUUGGGUGAUCAUCGAGUUCGGCCACAACGACGGUGGCUCUUUGACUCCCACCGACAACGGGCGCACCGAUUGUUCUGGCACAGGAAGCGAGACUUGUAGCACAACCUACGACGGGGUCGCCGAGACAGUGUUGACGUUCCCGGCAUAUGUCGAGAAUGCCACCAAGGUGUUCAAGGCCAAGGGUGCGAAUGUGAUCAUCUCGAGCCAAACACCCAACAACCCCUGGGAAACUGGAACCUUCACCUAUGCCCCCUCGCGGUUUGUGGGCUAUGCGCAGGUGGCAGCUGCAGCCGCCGGAGUGCCCUAUGUUGACCACGGGGCCUAUGUGGCCGACCAGUUCCAGACGCUGGGCCUGACUGCUGUCGAUGCCUACUUCCCCUUGGACCACACGCACACCAGUCCUACCGGUGCAUCGGUAGUGGCCCAGGCCUUUUUCAAGGCUGUGGUUUGUGGUGAUGUUGCGCUGAAGAGUUCCCUGACCACCACAUCUUUCCCUGGUUCGUGUCUCUAA